AUGGAGGAAAAUAUUAAGGAACUAAUAAAAAAAGAAAAAGAAAGGAGAAGAUUAUUGAGAGAAGAAAAAAAUAAAAAGAAAGAGAGUGAAAAGCAAAAUGAACAUAGAGCAACUAACCUUAAUUUAAAAAUUAAUAAAACAUUUCCCGGAAAGGAUAGCGGAAGGGAUUGUGGAAAGGACUACAGAAAGGAUAGCGAAAGAAAUCAUUCCAAGGAUAGUACGCAUAAAAGCCUCCUUUUGAAUAUUCAAAAAAAUUAUGAACGCAGACUGAACGAUGACAACUGCAAGGUGGUAGAAGAAAAAAUAAAGGGCAUUACGGUAACAGGUAAUGAGCGUAGCAGUAAGAGAAGUGGAAUUGGUAGUAGUAAAAGAAGUGGAAACGGUAGCAGCAGCAGAAACAGCAGCAGAAAUAGCAGCCGUAGCAGUAUUGGCACAAGUCGGUUGAAGAGGAAUUGCAAUAAGGAUGAUAAUAAUAAUAAUUAUAGUAAUAAUAGUAAUAGUAAUAAUAAUAGUAAUGAUAAUUGUAAUGAUAAUUGUAAUGAUAACAGUAAUGAUAACAGUAAUGAUAACAGCAAUGAUAACAGCAAUGAUAACAGUAAUGAUAACAGUAAUGAUAACAGCAAUGAUAACAGUAAUGAUAACAGCAAUGAUAACAGUAAUGAUAACAGUAAUGAUAACAGCAAUGAUAACAGUAAUGAUAACAGUAAUGAUAACAGUAAUGAUAACAGUAAUAGUAAAAAUAAUAAAGGAACGGGAAUCCUUAAAAGAGUGCGCAUCAGUGAACCCACAGCACCAAUGAAUAGACUAAAUAAGAAUAAGAAUUUGAACGACGCCUUUAUGCAAUAUAGUAAUAAUAACAAGGGAGAAAAUAUUGAUGUUUUUGAUAGUACCAAUAAUGAUGAGGAAGAAGGGUGUUACAAAAAAUUUCAUAAUAAAGAUUUACCUGCAGACUUUUUCGAUCAACUAAUUAUUAAAAAUGAUAUUAACAACAACGAAAUGAAUAACCAAAAGGUAAAUUUAGAAGAGAUAAAAAAAGAUAAUAAAGGUGGAGUAGUAAAAGAAAACAAUAUUGUAAAUUUUGGUAAUGAUGCCCAUUUUGAUAGAAGCAUACAAAUGUGUUUACCUGAAGAUGAAUCGGCAUCAUAUCAUAAUACUUAUGGUAAUAAUCCUAUGGAUCAUGAGAAAGGAAACAAUAAAUGGGGUACCAACGAGAAUAUUUUAGAAGAAAAAAAUGAACAUAAUAUGGAAAUAGUUGAAAUGUAUGAAAUAAUUGAACAGACAUCUGAUAAUUUAGAUUUGGGAGGAGGAAAUGAAGAUUUUUUUAGGAAAUUAAAAAGGAAAAGAAAAAAACGUAAAAAUGGGAUAAAUAGAUCGAAGGGGAAAGAAAAAGAUAAUAAGGAAAACAAUGAUGAAGGAAGUACUGACCACAAUGACGGUGGGCGUAAUGAUAGCAGUACUGGCGGACGUAGUAAUAGCAGUGCUGGCGGACGUAGUGAUAGCAGUGCUGGCGGACGUAGUGAUAACAAUGAUGAUGAGGAGUUGAGAACAUGGGGUAGAAGGAACAGAGGCAAGGAUGACACACAAAACAACGAUAGCAUAAUGAAACUGUUUAACAACAACUUAGAUGAUGUAACGCACUAUAAACCGAUAGACACAGCAUAUUAUGAAGAACUGGAAUAUUUGCAUAAAAUGCUAAUAGAAAAGAAAAAAUAUAUUUUAGGCGAUAUGUAUGAUGAGAUGAAUGAGCAAAAGGAGGAUGAGGAUGUGGAAGUACUAGACGAAUUAAAUGAGUUUCGAAAAAAAAAAAAAAUUAACGACAGUGGUAUGGAGUACGGAGGGCAUAGAGAUCAUGUAGAGUAUGGAGGAUAUAGUGGAUAUAAUAGCAUGUAUGGCGGGCAUAACAAACCCGACAAACAUGAAGAAAAUAGUUCCAACUUUAAUGUUGAGGAAAUUUACGAGUUAUUAAAGUUAAAGAAAGGACAACAUGGAAACGAUUACACCCAAAGCAUUGUUGCAGAUAGAACAAGGGAACAACAGGACGAUGAGAAUAGAACAAAAAACGAGCAACAUAAAAAUAUACCCGUGGGUUUUUUUGAUGAUAAAGAAAAAGAUAUUCUUGUGAGAGAAAACAUUUCGUUAUCAAAAAUAAAUCAAAAAAUAAUAGAAAUAAAAAAACAAAAAAAGAAAUUUUUAUUGGCAUAUAAAAAUACGGAAAAUAUUUAUGAAGAAACAAAAAACAAUUACAUCGAUUAUUUGUAUGAUGACAAAUUUGAUAACAAAGAGCAAAUUCUUAAUGAUAUAAAAAACAAAACUAUAAAUUUAGACCAUUUCAAGAAAGAAAUUGACAAACGAAUGAAAGGAAUAGCUCCAAAAAAAAAAAAAAAAUAA